CGAAUGCAUGUUUUGGCGCCAACUCGCAUUCGGAGCGUAACUUCGAGCGCGCGUAUAUAAUUUCGUUUUUCUAAGUUUUGUUUUUUACGUUUCUAGGCUCACCGCAAUUCGCUUUAGCCAGUUUAAAGUUUUUGUGGUUAGGCAUAGGCUUAAAUUGUGUAUUUUGUGAUACAAUUUAUUUUUUAUUUACGAGUGUUGUGUUUACGAAAAUGUUAUUAGCCGGCGCGUAGCGGGGAUUUUUUAUUUCUGAGCGUAGCUGAGCAGAUUCCACCUCCAAUAGAGAUGCAGGCGAGACAUAACCUACUGUGGCAUUUGCUCAUUGACCUUCCAAUAUUAUUAUUAGUUGCCGCUGUGUGCAUUCUGCUUGAAGUUGGCGCCAUACCGAGUAGAAGAAGUGGGUUUCGAUGCAAUGAUCCUGACCUCUCGUUCCCGCACACCGGAGACACUAUAUCUAUCUCACUUGUGGCUGCUGUUACUGUAGUCGUACCCUUGAUAAUUAUUUGGGCCAUAGAAGCAGCGUUGCAUAGAGACGAUGAGUACACCAUUAAGAAGAACAAGUUGUUAGCCAGCGCGAGAGACGCUAGCCUUAUCUACCGUGACUACAUCUACGGAGCAAUUGUCAACCUGGCGGUGCUGGAAGUCACCAAAUGUGUUGUCGGCUCUCCUCGACCCACAUUCUUCGAUUUAUGCGAGCCUGAUAAAGCAGCUACAUGUAAUGAGUCGGAGUACGUAAUGAGCUACACAUGUACUUCGAGCCGGUACUCCCGCUACCUGCAGAUUGACGCGAGCAGGAGUUUCCCCUCGGCACACACGUCACUCUCAAUCUACUGCGGGCUGUUCUUGGCGUGGUAUCUCCAACGGCGAGCAUUCAGUUGGCACAACCGCUCCGUACUCAUCGUGCCGCUGGUUCAGAUCCUGUGCAUCAUCUACGCGGUGACCUGCCCUCUCACCAGGAUAACUGACCACCGACACCAUUGGUGGGAUGUUCUUGUUGGAGCCUUCAUGGGAUUCUGCAGUGUUCUGUAUACUGUACUAGUCCUCUGUAAGAACUUCUCCCAACCCUCAGUAGUGAGUACGAGCGAUAUCUCCAGCAGUGACAGCAACAACCACCAGGCCGUGCGAAGGCUCCUCUCGCACGAACCCAGGGUGGCCGUUCCCUAGCCACAAGCUGUGUAGACUCUGUGCAGUCUAACACACACGCCAUUUUGACACGUUUGAUUUAAAUCAGAACUAUUUGGACACAGCUGAGUGUAAAUGAGAGUUAUUUCGAGAUAUUAAUAUUACUCUUAGAAUAAUUUAUGAUAUUGAGACAAUUUUUGCUUCAACAAAUCCUGUGAAAGGAUGAACUACUUAUAAAAAAUGAUUAUUUUGAGCUUUGAGAUAUUUGUAUACAUUGGACUUUUUGUUUCUUUUUAGAAAAAAAACCUGUUUUGAUAAUAGGCUGAAUUAUAAAGGCAUUUUCUGUAUGCACUUUUACUGUUUAUAUAGAUGUGUUUUGUAGGAUGAUGCGGUAAAUCAAUUAGAGAAUAUGUCUUACAUAGAUGCUUAGUCGAGGACAAACAAUAUGACAGAGAUAAAAACUAUUUAUAUGGCGUCAAUCUUCCAUAUAGACCCGUUUGAGAGCGUGUCAAUUGUAGAGAUUAUCUGUCUAUUCGCAUUAGUGUGUAUAGUUUCAUAAGUUAAGAUAAUUUAGUUUCAAUCUUAAACAGAUACAAAAAUUACGUGUACGUGUUUUAGAUAUACUUUUUUAAGAAUUAUUUUUAUUUUCAACAUAAUGCUUUGUUGUUAUUAAGGUAAGAACUUCUUUUUUUUUUAUGGAAUAGGAGGACAAAAGAGCGUACGGGUCACCUGGUGUUAAGAGAUCACCGCCGCCCACAUUCUCUUGCAACACCAGAGGAAUCACAAGAGCGUUGCCGCCUUUAAGGAAGGUGUAUGCGCUUUUCUUGAAGGUACCCAUGUCGUAUCGUCCCGGAAACACCGCACAAGGAAGCUCAUUCCACAGCUUAGUAGUACGAGGAAGAAAGCUCCUUGAAAACCGCACUGUGGAGGCCCGCCACACAUCCAGAUGGUGGGGAUGAUAUCCUAAUUUGUGGCGUGUCGUGCGAAGGUGGAAGAACUGUUUAAGUUUUGGUGGCACAAUAUGUUACACCCGCCACGUGCCAAUGUGUUAUCAAAUACAAAUGUGCAGUUUUACCCUUAAUAAGUUGGUUGGUGUUACAACAAAGUAUGGGUCCCUGUCUUCAUCAUCAUCAUAAACAAACGGAAGACGUCCACUGCUGGACAAAGGCCUCCCCCCAAAGAUUCCACGACGAUCGGUGCUCAUUCAACGUAUUCCGGCGAUCUUGACCAGAUCGUCGGUUCAUCUUUGGGAAGCCUACCAACACUGCGUCUUCCGGUACCGACUUUACUGCCCCAACGGCCAUCUGUCCGUUGAACUAUGUAACUGUGGUUCCAUACUAUCUACCUGUAUGUACACUCAUCCUAAUCUUCGAUAAAAAAUCUCUUCACCAUCAUCACUACAGCCGGAAGACGUCCACUGAUCAAGUUCUCCACAAUGAUCGGUCUUGCGGUCUCAUCAAACCAAUUCCGGCAAACUUGACCAGAUCAUCAGUCCAUCUUGUAAGUGCCUACCAACACUGCACUCUAAUACGUGGUCGCCAUUCGGAGACUUUUCUGCCCAAAAGAGUUAUAAAUCUGUUGUAAUAUAAUUUGAAAUUAUAUGAUCAAAUAACCUAAAACUGCUAAUCAACUUAUUUUUUAUUCUGUGACACAAGCCAACAUGCUUUAUAAAUUUUAUUAGUGAUCUAAAUAUGAGUUGAAUAGUAUAUAAUUAAAUACCUACUUAGAAAUAAAUUAUUAAAUCAAAAACAGCUUUUUGUAAAUAUAAAAUGUGUUGGCUGUUAUUAUAAUUUGUAAUUUUCUGAAUAAGUUAUUAAAUAUGUUACUUUAAUUAGAUCCAGUGCAGUUUUUUAUGUGUACAAUAUAUUCCCGAUCGGAGUUUUUUUUAAAUAUCUUGUUGCUAUUACACUUAAAAUAAAUAAUUAUUAUCUAUGUUGAAGUAAAACUACUUUUGGCGGAGGAAAUUAUUUUAAAAUAGUGAACAUUCCGACGUUUCGAUCACUUAACAGUAUUAAAGUGUCCGCUGCCACGUCUAAGUUUGUUUGUGCCUAUUUUCCGUUCAAAUAAGUUCUAGAAUCUAAUAAAUCACCAUAUUGUAGGCAAAGUUAUUAAAUUUAACCAAUGACGUUCUAUACAUAUAUAAGGACAUAUCAUUCGCAGUCUGACAGUGGAACGGCAAAAGUGCGCUUAAGGCGACACUAAAUGCCGGCGACCUUGAGCGAUAUGAGUUCACAGCUCCUUUGUAAUAAAGCCAAUAUUUUCAAAAUUCUUGGGUCGAAAAUGUACCUUUGUAACAGGUGCAAACUGCUUAAUUGCUUACAAUCCUCAUUAUUGAUUACUAAUCUGAAUAAAUGUACCUACAUAAAAAAGUAAAAUCUAUAAGAACAACUUUUAUGAUAGUAGUAUACUAAACAAAUGCAUGAUGCCGAGAAAAAACUUGUUUAACUGCAAAGAAAACUGGUAGUUCAUAAUAGCUCUGGAGUGCUAACUUUAACCAACAAUAAGCAAUAGCAAUCUACAAGUAAGACUUAAGGGUAUGUGUAUCAGGAUAAAGUAGUGUUCAUAGCUCGAAAUCCUAUAUUUUCACCUCAAAACUUGUCUAAAAACACCUUGUCCGUAUCAAAUCUGAUGCGAAUAAAUGUUUUACAUUGCUCCUUAUUGACCAAGAAUAUUUUAAACGACUGGAGUAAAUGCGGCAAUGUAUAGUUAUAGCAGUCGAAGCUUAUUAUAGUGUAAUUUGUGGCAUGUUUACCAGUGUUACUUCUUUGCACAGGAUCCCGGCUAGAUUAUGGGUACCACAACGGCGCCUAUUUCUGCCGUGAAGCAUGUGUAAGCAUUUCUGUGUUUCGGUCUGAAGGGAUGAGUGAGAAUGAGACUUAACAUCUUAUGUCUCAAGGUGAAGAGCGCAGUUGCAGUGCCGCUCAGAAUUUUUGGGUCUUUCAAGAAUCCUGAGCGGCACUGCAUUGUAAUGGGCAGGGCAAUAAAAAAAAUGUUGCAUAUUUCGGUUUUGUUCUUAUACGACGCAAUUUGUCUAAAAGUAUGUAUAGAACGUCAUUGUACUUAGCUUAUAAAGUGUAUAAAGUAUAAGUUAACUAGAUGCUUUUGUUUGGAUGACGUCACAAGUCGUACUAACUCAAAUAUCAAUAAUAUUAUUGUAUAGAUAUUAUGAUAAUAUGUAUUUGACACGUAAAAAAGAUGUUUAUAGGAUGAUGUGAUUAAACUAUAAGAAAAGAGAAGACAGCGUGUGUUUACCCCAGUUAAAUAUUUUGUUAACAACCGUUAUUAAACGUCAAAAAUUAAGCCAAUCCGCACACUUUAAAUAAUAUAAACUCCUAUUUCAAAUCCAGUAAGUUUGAGAUUAGUAUGAGAAAUUGUUCCAUAAACGAUAAGUCACUUUAAUCGCGAUUUGUUUUUUUGUUUUGUGAUAGUAAUUCACCAUUUUUGAAGCAAUAAUCUAGUAAAAAACGGAGAUAGCCAAAAUCCACAACGUUUUAAGCAACUGUCCGCUUUCAAACUUAGCCGGAUUAUACGUCGUCGCCAUAUUGUAAUUACUAUCUCAAACUUAUGUCAAAUAUCACUGCACGUUUCUUACUAAACUAAAUUUUAAUUUUUACUUAGGUAGUAUUUACAUCCUCUUUGAUAAUGAAUAUUAUAAUAUUAGUGAGCCAACGAAAGUAUUUACUAUGUAGUACCUGUCUAGUCGUAAGUUAUCUAAGUGUAAAUAUAUUUAUUUUAACAAUAGCUUACCCACCUAUUUUGUGUUAUGAAAUAGAUUUGGUGAGUAGUUUUAAUAUUGUAAUUGUAGGUAAUCUAGAUAUAAGGCUAAAAAUGUAUUUUUAUGAUUUGACAGAACAUGGAUUAAUAAGGGAAUAGGUAAUUCAUUUUGAGGUUGUAUCCGAAUAUUAAAAUACAGUAAUAUCUCUUACUAAUGCAAUAAUAGGUGGCAGUACUGAGUAAUAACUUCGUAAAUCUAAUUUGCGUUAGUUUGGGUCUAAUUUCAUCACAAUAAAUGAUUGAAUUAAAUCUUAAAUUAAUCGUCUGACUGCUCAAAAAUCUUUUGCUUCCCAAAAUUUAUACGUCUAGAAAGAGUCACUUUGUUUUAGUGCGAUUUCUGAAAAUAGAGGCUAACAGUUGCCCCCUAUUUAUUUUUUUACGUAUUUACGGCUGUCACAGUCUAUCUAGAUGUAUAGAUUAUAUAAGGCUCAUAGCAUAGCGGUGAAACAAAUGACGAAUCGACAAAAUAUAAACACGAAACUCUCAGAUCAUGAAAGGUUCACAUAAUAUAACGAACGAUAUCGAAGGACAGAUAAUGAAAGAAAAAGAGAAAGAUUGUGGGUCUUACUAAAUCCUGUUCUGUCUAGUGUGGCCAAGUUGUACCCACUCUAUAUUAUGUAUUGAUUACUAUACAUAUAUACUCUUUAUAUACCAACGCAGUACGCAUUUACUACUUAUUUCAAAAUCAUGCAAUAAUAAUAAUGCAUAAAAAUAUUGUAUUAUUCUGUAGAAAGUAACCUCAAAUCUCGCCAUUUUCUCACAAAUUAUAUUUACUUACAAAUAAUAUUUUUAAACCCUGUGGUAAAAGUACUGAAUGUUUUUCACUAUAAUCUUGGUUGUUAAGAUAUAACUGGUUUUAAUUUAAUUAAAAAAGAACUUAAAAUAAAUGAGCACAUGACUGAUAAAAUACAGAAGACAUAUUUCUGAUCCUGUGCUAAUUCUAAAAUGUAUUGCUUUAAAUUAAAUAUUUCGGAAAACCUGGCUAACUAGGCAAUCUGAAAUUCACGCUUCUACUAAUCGAUCAUUUAACUUAUGAGUGAUAUUAAUUGGCUUAGAUUUUGUUUAAAGUAAUUUAUUUGAAGGAGUAACUGGCUACCUCUUGUGAGAUUAAAGAACUAAUUCAACACUCGAUCCUAGAUAGCCUAAAACAGAUUUAGAUGAGGUGAGAUUUCAGAUACUAUAUUUAUAAGAAUGUAUAAAAUAUUAUUUACGAAUAGCUUACCUUGUGUGUCUAGAUGUUUAUCUGAGCUAACAUUCCUGUGCAUUUAGGUCAUGUAUUGUAAAUAUCGUUUAAGAUAUCUGGC